AUGGCUGAGGAUAUAUUACGUGACUUUCUAACUGUCGUUUUGGAUAAACGAGGCUACUCGCCGAGGAAAGUUGAAAUAAAAAAUAUAACAUCAGGAGGUGCUAACUACACUUCUGCUCUGUUUUUAAUAAAUUUGCAAACGUCAGAUAAAACAUUAAAACUUUUCGCAAAAGUUGCUACGAUGGGCAAAGAGAUGAGAAUAGUAGCGAACGCGGAGAAAUUGUUUAGAACAGAGGAAUUUGUUUACAACAAACUUAUACCUCUUUAUAAUAAUCUCCAGAAGGAUUUAGAUGAAGAACACAAGUUCAUAUUCCCUGAAUUCUACGGCUUUAAUAAUGUUUACGGUAAGGAAACAGUCAUAUUAGAAAAUCUAGUUGAAAGUGGUUAUAAGCCUUACAGUCGUUUUAAAUCCAUGGAUUGGGAUCAUGGCAGAGUAUGUGUGGAGGCUAUAGCACGGUUCCACGCUCUGUCGUUUGCAUUGAGGAAGAGUGAUCCAGAAGGUUUUCAAAAAAUUGCUGAAGACAUGAAGUACACUUUUGAUGAAGAUGCAUUGAAUCAAAGGGUCACAGAUAAAUUCAAAGAAAUGGUGGAGACAUCGUUAAGUGUUCUAGAGGAGGAGCAGUAUCAUGAUAAAAUCAGAGAGUUUUUAUUUGACCCCAAUUUGAUGGAUAAAUAUAACAAGCCUCUCAGCACACCCGUUUUAGUCCACGGUGAUUAUCGAUUAAGCAACAUGUUAUUUAAGGAAAAGGGUCAUGAUUUGAGUGCAGUAAUAAUUGAUUACCAGACUCUUCACACUGGUUGUCCUGUGGCAGAUCUCUUCUACAUCAUAUUUCUGGGCUCAGAUGAAGACUUCCGCCGUCUGUAUUACGACAAACUAAUAAAUCAUUACUAUACGAGUCUGGAAGAAUCUCUCAAGAGGUUGGAUGUGGAUCCUGUAGAAGUGUAUCCCAGAGAGAACUUUGAAAGUGAUAUGAAAGAGUUACUCCCGUACGUACUGCUGACAGCGGUGUCAUCUCUGCCGAUGGUAGUAGUCGAGACUGAAUCUGCUCCCAAAUGGGAUUCUGAUGAAGCUGACUUCUCUAGCUUGAUUCUUGAACCAGGUUCAUUGUACAAGCAACGAUUUACAGGCAUCAUAAACGACUUAGUGAGGUGGGAGGUUAUAUAA